AUGCAGCAAGAUGGCUCUUUCAAAGCUAUCGUCAAUCGCUUCAAUGUCACUCCAGUGGAGGAUUUGCCUCGAGUCGCCGCCUUUCUCGCAUCUUCACUUGCGGCUUGCCCUCUGGAGGUUUACUUUUCCGAUGCAAAGACCAAUACGGCUUCAGUAACUACACACAAGCUAAAGACUCGCAUUAGCGCGCUGUUACAAGAUAGGUCUGCGGCCGGGAGGUUGUCCGCUGCCAUCUUCAUCAAAGCCAUCAUCGACACUGCUGGCUCGAAUUUGCUAAGCGCUUCAGAACCUUGGGCCCGCGGUCUUGUAAGCUGUCUGAGCAAGUCUGAAGCACCAGAAAUCAAACGAUUAUAUCUCACCACCGUCAUGAGAAUUUUCCUCCUGACUCAACACCAACCAGCGUUGCUUAGGGAAAUUACGACACCACUGCUGCCUUCGUUCCUUACAGCUUGCCUCAGUUUGAUUCGGCCAUCGACUAUCAAGUCUGGCGACAAAGCAGUCUCAGUCUCAAGUCCGCUACUUGAUACAGUACUCCAGUGUUGGCUCCAACUUCUCCCUCAGCAUGCCUCGAUAUUUCGUCCUUUUCUGAACCGUAUCAAACCCAUCUGCUUGAGCCUGGUUGAGGACCAUAGUAGCCCUCAACCUACCACUAAACUCAGCAUUCAGCUUCUAUGUGCAUUGAUCUCAUGUGCUCCCAAGAACACCGCUGGCCAAGAAUGGACGCAAAUGGCAACAAGUAUUGCUGAAGCUGCUCACAAAACCACAAAUCAUGUUUUUCGUACCGUUCUGGAAGAAUACAAUACCAACAACUCGUCCCUCGUGCUUAAUACUAGCAAGCAUAAUUUCUCCAAGCCGCCAGGGAUCUCUGGCAAGGACCAGCUCGGACUAUCACCAUGGACAGGUAUAUCUGAAGGCAGCUCCCGAGUUGAGACACUCAUCUCCUGGCUCGAGCAUCUCGUUUCUCUAGCGACUAUCCAACAGAUCCCUGUGCCAUGUGGUGAUAUUUUGGAUUUGACAGCUCGAAUUUUGUCAGUAAAUCCAUCGGAGAGGCAAGGCCGUCACGGACAUAACUUGAGAUUCCACAACGAGGCGGGCAAGGAGGAAAAGGAAGAACUGCUGUCGAAUUUACCCAAACUACAGCUCUCAUGCCUGGCCCUCCUAUUGUCUCUGUGUCGUACCUACGAACAGAGCAUUCUCCCCCUAUAUCGAACAAUAUUCAAUCAAGCAUUACUUUGCUUUCAAGCAUCGUCGUGGCAUCAAGGAGCGAGAGCGCUCUGUUAUGAAAUCAUUGGUCACGUUAUGAACAUGGUCAGUUUGUCGGAGUUGGACAUCAACCGAACUUCAUUUGCAGCGUUGAUGACCGAAUCCUGUGAUGAUCUCAAAACUGCGUUGUCAACCUCUGAUUUUGACAAAUCUCAAGACAGUUCGAAGGCUCUCAAUCUAGCUCUUAACACAAACCGCAAUACGAAUAAAAAUCUCAUUCCGCUGCUCAUGGGAAAUCCCUCAGGCGCUUUUGCCUCCGCUUGGAGGCUUCUUCCUGUGCUAUUGGGUCGCGGAACGGUCUCGAUAGUCCCACGGCAAUCCAGGACGGAAUUGGACAGGCUUGCGAUACUUCUGAAUCACCAGGAAGCAAUGUUGGCGAGUGUUCUAAACCCCAUUAGCUCAACUAAUGGAAAUGUUGCAGCCGCCAGCAUUCUUCCGUUUCUCACAAGGACUUCAACCGAUAUGCCAGCAGUGGAGGCUUUGCUACGACCCCGUUUCCCGUUCAUACGACAAGAAUCGGGCCAAACGAGCAGUCACGAUCUCGAUGCCUCAGUUGCUACUUCGCCGUCAGAGAAGAAUGGCGAUCGUGAUAUUUUGUCUCAGCUAGAAAACUCCCUCAAUGACAUAAGCAGGGCUUCAGUAGAGGUUGAUAUUGCUCUUGAGGUUGCAAGUGGAUUGGAACAUGAAACCGCGACGACCAGUGAGCCUCUGCUAUCACCCAAGAAGCGCUACUUUGAGCAGCUGGAAGAGAAUGAGACUUCUGUCAAAACCACCGGACUACUUGAAGAUGAAAUCAGGUCGCCUAAAAGACAUCAUCCAGACGACUCGGUCAAUACUAUCCCAGCUGCAAUGGAAUACGAAGUGGGAGGCACGGCUACAGUUUCUACCUUGCGAGAUCAGAACUUCGCGCCAGGAAAUGGUCCUUCCAGCGAAAAGCACCAAGACUUAUCAUUUCCAAAUCCAGGUGUAGUUGGGGUUUCCAAUAACCUUCACAAGGAGGCCACGUACGACAGCGAUAGUAGUGAUUUCGAGAUUCCCAAGAUUGACACUGGCUUAGACACAGAUGAGGAAGAUGAGGAAGAUGAGGAAGAUGCGGAAGAGGACGACUGA